AUGUUUGAGAAUCAUAUUAAUGAUUUUUUUGAAUAUACAAUUAAAAGUUCUCAAGCUAAUGAAUAUAAUACACUUUAUGAAGUUAAUCAAUAUUUAGAUGAACAAAUUGGAAAUAAAACUACUAAUGUUCUUGAAUACAUUGCAUCUGAACAAAUGUUUAGCUGUGCAGGACGUAUUAUUGAUGACAAUCGUGCUUUAUUGGACCCAGACAUAGUAAAAGCAUUAAU